UGUCAGCAUGCAGCAUUUGUUUGUAUUUUUCUGCUUCCAAAGUAAUUGUUCGCAUCGAAACGAAUCGAUUUUUCGAGAAAGUAGAGAUCCCGGUUGAUUUUUUCCAAAAGAAACUAGCACAAAACCCACCAUGGAAACGAUAGCAGAGCCUAGCGGCAUGUUCCCGAAGCUAAACGUCGAGGAAGAACCAGAACUAAGCGCCACCGAAGUUGAGUCCAUGUGCAUGAACUGCCAGGAGAAUGGCAUCACACGCUUGCUGUUGACGCAAAUCCCUUUCUACAAGGAAGUGGUGAUUAUGUCGUUUUCCUGCGACCACUGUGGCUUCGAUAACAAUGAAAUACAGCCCGGCGGUGAGAUCGCACCGAAGGGUGUCGAGAUACGUACCGAGAUUGUGACCGCUCGUGAUCUGAACCGGCGCGUGGUAAAGUCCGACUAUUCCAGCAUACGGAUAGAGGAGCUUGAUUUCGAGAUUCCGGCCCAAUCGCAGAAGGGCGAAGUCACCACAGUGGAAGGCAUUAUCGAUCGUGUGAUACGGGGCUUGGAACAGGAUCAGCCCGUCCGUCGCAUACAGCACCCGGAAGCGGCGGAGCAGAUCGAAACGUUUAUUGCCAGUCUGCAGACGCUGAAAGAAUUGGAACGGCCAUUCACACUGACGAUAAAGGACAUUUCGGGCAACAGCUUUGUGGAAAAUCCGAACGCGCCGCACAAAGACCCAGCUACCACGAUAUCGCACUUCCAACGUACGAAAGAUCAGAACCAUAUGCUGGGCAUUUUCACGCACGAAGAAGUCGGUUCGGACGAACGGAAGAAUGUGGUUGAGGAAUCGGUGCAGCUCGAAACCGUUCCGGAGGAGGUGGACAGUUUGUUGAAACCGAUCCGCGACGGAACUUGGCCGCUGGAGGAGCUGCAGGGUGAGGUGCUGCAGUUCCAGACCAACUGCCCAGAAUGUGCCGCGCCCUGUGACACAAACAUGAAGGUUACCACGGUGCCACAUUUCAAGGAGGUAGUGAUAAUGGCCACUGUUUGUGACAACUGUGGUUUGCGCACGAACGAGGUGAAGCCGGGCGGUGGCAUCGAGGAGCAGGGAGUGAAAAUCGAAGUCAGCGUACGGGGUAGGAUCGACUUUGCCCGUGACGUACUGAAAUCGGAAUCCUGCAGUCUGCACAUCCGCGAGCUUGAUUGUGAGGUCGGGGCCGGUGCACUCGGGGGCCGGUUUACCACGAUCGAAGGGUUGCUGACGGCGAUGCGCGAACAGUUGGUGGAAAGUACGGGCAUGUUCAUGGAUUCGAACGAUGCGGAAACGAAGGAACGGAUGGACAAAUUCUUCGGCCAGCUGGAUGCUGCCAUUGCUGGCCAAAAGCCGCUGACGGUCGUGAUGGAUGAUCCGACGGGCAACAGCUAUGUGCAGUCGCUGAACGAUGACGGUACACCCGAUACGGCCCUGCGGAUAAUUCGCUAUCAUCGAUCGUACGAGCAGAACGAGGAAUUGGGGUUGAACGAUAUGAAGACGGAAAAUUAUGGAGAAGAGACGAGCAAUGAGGAGGGAAAAGAAGAUUGUUAACCAUAUAUGAACCGUUUAUUUUCAGAAUAAACAACGCGUAAAUGCGGCAUUCAACUGUGCUGCAGGAGGGAGG